GAACUGACCAUUUGGAAACUCGGGCACUGCCCGAGGGCCCAGGGUCAGUAGGGGGCCCCAUGAGAUGCCCCUGGUACAUUUUUCAUAGGCUUUUUUGAGUUUGGGCAAGGACACAGGGGCCCCAUGAUCCCCUAUUGCCCAGGGGCCCCAUGAGUUGUCAGUCCGCCCCUGCUCCCAUGCCCAUCAGUGCUGGCUAUCAGUUCCCAUCAGUGCUUGCUAUCAGUGCCCAUCAGUGCUGGCUAUCAGUG